AAGCGCAAGGCACUAGCCACAAUCACUUUCGUUUCGAGUUCACAGAGACCGGUCGACUUUACUAAUUGUGCUCCUGAAAAAAAAAAGAAUAUUUUUCGGAAUAAUUUUUUCUGAUUUUCGUGCGUUGUUUUUUGUGAGAAAAAUAAGUUGCAUUUUGCUGCCAAUUCGACUUUACUGAUUGUGCUCCUGAAUAUCUUUCGGAAUAUUUUUUUCCGAUUUGAUUUUUUUUUGUGACAAAAAGAAAAGUUACAUUGUGGUGCCAAUUCGUAGCGGACACACAAAGUUGUCGUGAAUUGAGUUCGUUUUCGGUUUUUAUUUCGGUUUGAUCAAAGCAAAGAAAAUGGCAAACGAUUCGGAACUUAACGUUGACAGGGAGAAUGACAAGAAGAAGAACAACAAGAAGAAGGACGGAAUGUUGAAGCCGCAGGGCAAGAAGAACGAGAAGAUUGAGAAGAAGAUGAAGGAGAUCAAGGAGCAGAAGCCCCACUUCACCGAGAUGACUGUCAGCUGGAAUAACCUUCUGACUCCAGUGACACCCAGGACCAUGACCAAGAACACAAACUCCGAGAAUCCGAAAAAUUGUGAAGAAAAGAACGACGGUAAUGCUGAUGCCUCUGUCACCGCCAUGGACGAGGACCAAGAUGGCGCUGCUACUGACGGAGAUGGUGCUGGAGUUCCAGGUGCUGGUGCUGCUUCUGGUCGAGAUUGGGCUGCAGUUGCCGGUGAUGGUGCUGCUACUGGCGGAGAUGGUGCUCCAGUUGAUGGUGCCGCUACUGGCGGAGAUGGUGCUCCAAUUGCUGUUGCUGCCUUUGAUGGAGAUGGUGCUCCAAUUGCUGUUUAUGCCACUGGUGGAGAUGGUGCUCCAAUUGCUUUUGCCGCCACUGGCGGAGAUGAUACUCCAAUUGCUGUUGCUGCCACUGGUGGAGAUGGUGCUCCAAUUGAUGUUGCCGCUACUGGCGGAGAUGGUGCUCCAAUUGAUGUUGCCGCUACUGGCGGAGAUGUAGCUGCAGUUGCCGGAGCUGGUGCUGCUAUUGGUGGAGAUGUUGCUGCAGUUGCCGGUGGAGGUGCUGCUACUGCUACUGGUGAUGAUGAUGAACGUCCUUGCACCUCCGCUGCUGCCUUACGUAAUCAGAUGAAUGCACAAAUCUAUACGGAGACCUUGUCAUUCGUGCAACAGGAGGAUGGGUCGCACGAGGUGUACACCACUUGCGACCUGGUCACCGAUGAGGAACAGAUGGCGCCCAUGCGCGAGAUAAGCGUUUCCGAUGGCGAGCUCGUCAUCUUAGCCGGCGAUGACGGGGUGUACCACCGUCCCAAUGACGCCGUGAUCCUCGAGGCCGACGAUAAUCGUAUCUACGUGGUCGGUGCUAUGGAGGCUAAUGUUCGAUAUGUCCACGCCCAGGCCGUUCCAGAGGAGGAUAUCAUUGGCGAGGACCAGCCCACACCGACCAAGGAUUAGGGCGUGUGAACAGAGAGCGCCAAGGCCAAAUGUGCCAAAUAUAUAUCAUUAAUGUACAUUCCCAUUGAUUUAAUUAAAUAAAUAUGC